AUUCCGGGAUCCGGAUAAGGCCGCGAAAGCGACGAUCGUUCUAGCGAAAGAAAUAGCGAGGUUGAAACGUGGGAGAGAGACCGCCGCAUCCUCCACAUGCCAAUGGCCGCUCUCAUCCCGCUUCCGCCCAUCUUUACUCCCACCACCAAGCAUUGCCGCCUCUCCGCUGCUCCCCGCCUUGGCUCAAAAUCGCAGCUUCCUUCCGACCAUUAUGUGCUCUCGCCGCCUGGACGCCCCUCCGGGCAUGAGAAGAACCCUCCGCUGCCCGUCCACCCCCUACCGCUACCGCCGGUGCUUGGAGAAGGCCUGGGCAAAGCGAGCGCCGUUGCUCUCCUGGCUGCCUCCCUCUUCUUGGCCGACCCUGCUGUCGCUUUUAAGGGAGGAGGCCCGUACGGAGCUGAAGUGACAAGGGGGCAGGAUCUCACCGGCAAAGAUUUCAGCGGCAAGAACCUCGUCAAGCAAGAUUUUAAAACGUCUGUCCUGCGGCAGGCUAAUUUCAGAGGCGCUAAGCUUAUUGGUGCAAGCUUCUUCGAUGCCGAUCUAACAGGUGCUGAUCUAUCUGAUGCCGAUCUCAGAGGUGCGGACUUCUCCUUGGCGAAUAUAACAAAGGCAAAUCUCAGCAAUGCAAACCUUGAAGGUGCACUUGCUACAGGCAACACAUCUUUCAAGGGAUCUGUCAUAUAUGGAGCAGGCCUUUUGUUAAAGCAUUUAUGAAACGAAAUUUUCCAUCUGCAGAUGAUGUUUCCUGAAUCACUCAAUUAUGGAAUUACAUUAAAUACCUUGUGUUGUUUGACUUUUUCUCUGGUGGCUGUUGCCAUUUCUGACCAUAUCUUUUAUGAAACUUCAGCAGCAUGUGGAAUAUAUUUAAUCAUAUUUUUACAUGUCAUUAUGUGUUUUAGUUUUUCUUGGUGUAAAUUUCAACAUCAAUGAUGUUUCAGAGUUGAUCCAUACAAAAUAACCCAAGGGGUUUAAGUA